AUGCUGUACUUCCAGGUGGUGAUUCUGGCAGCCACGGUGAUGCUGGUUUACUACUGCGAGUUCACCGACACAUUCAGUCCAGCUGAACAGGGUUUCAUCUGCAGAGACCCGACUCUGAGCAAACCUGAUCCUGGACCUGAGCAGUACAGCGGCAUACAGCCUGUGAUACUGUACUCUGUGGUGGGCGGACUGCCCGUGGUGCUGAUUUCAGGAGUCGAAGUGGUUAUCUUCCUCCUUCACUACAACUUGAACAACCUUUACGACCAGGAGAAGGCCGUUGUCAUGGGGGACUGUUGCUACGUGAACCCUAUGGUGCGCAGGACCUUCCGUUUCCUCGGUGUCUACGUCUUCGGUCUGUUCACGACAGACAUCUUUGUCAAUGCUGGACAGCUGGUCACAGGAAGUCUGGCUCCUUACUUCCUGUCUGUCUGCCGGCCCAAUUACACCGCUCUCGGCUGUCAGAACACGGCGCGCUUCGUCAGCCAAUCAGAUGCCUGCACUGGUAACCCCGAUGACAUCAUGAGAGCCAGGAAGACGUUUCCGUCCAAAGAGGCUGCACUGAGUGUGUACCCAGCUGUUUACCUGGCGAUGUAUGUAAUGUCGUGUGUUGGCUCCACUGGAGGGCGCCUGGCUGGGCCUCUCCUCAGUCUGUCUCUGGUCAGUCUGGCUGUACUGACAGGAAUCAACAGAGUGGCUGAAUACCGAAACCACUGGAGUGAUGUUAUCGCAGGACAAGCUGUUGGAGCUGCUAUCGCUGUCUUUCUGGUGGUGUUCGUGGUCCAGUAUUUUAAAAAGAGACCUUCAGUUCCACAGAGUCCCUCGGAUGCUGGUACAGCCGACACUGACGAGGAUUCACCUCAAAUCAAUCACACCGUGGAGACCAGCGACAAAUACGCUGUGGCACAGACUCCUGGAUCCUGUACAGAAGUCACAUGACUAUGACCUCCACCCCCACAACACGAGCGUGGGGGUGAUGG